AGUUUCAUUUUGAUUGAAAACAUUUUAUGCAUAUUCUUGACACAAAUCGCAACUGCUACACUUAAAAACCUAAACCUCUUCCCCGAGUUCAGUAAAUAACAAAACCUCAAAAACCAAAUGCUAACAAACCCCAAAAGAACCAACUACAUUUUCUACUUCAGAAUUAAAAAUCAAAGCACAGGACCUUAUAUAUGGAUGUAUUUACUCAUCUUUUUCAUACCAACUUCAUAUUUCAAACAUAUCAUCACACUUUCAUAUUUGACUUUGUCAUGGCUCGGCCACUUGUAAUGAUCCACCCUCUACCAAGUAUUUCACACAUUGGCUUCACUGUCAUGACCCUUAUGGUGUGUGCCAUUGCAUUGCUCAUGUGUGCUUCUCAUUCACGCAAAUGGCGCAAGUGGGUCUCUUGCUAUGCCUUUGAAGAAGAACCUGUCAUAGAAUUCAACAAUGAAAAGGUGAUGGGCACUUGCGGUGAGCAACAAGAAGAGGGUUCACUUUGGCAGAGGAACAUACUCAUGGGAGGGAAAUGUCAACUCCCUGAUUUCUCUGGUGUUAUUAUCUAUGAUUCCGAUGGUAACCUAGUGAAUCAUGCCAAAACAACUCGUCCAUUACUGACCUGGAAAUAAGGAUUUGAUGUUCUCAUAGCAG